CGAGGAACAUUGACUGAGAAAAAUGGGUUCUUCCGUUGCGAUGCGAUGGUGAAAAGAAACUGAACGAUUUCAAACGUGCCAAUAGGUGAAGGAAAACACGGAACAUGCAAUAAACAUCGGAAAAGUGUCAAAACAAACAUACAAACCCAUACCAAAAAAUGUAGUGUGAUAUAAAAGUGGUGGUGCCCUUCGAUACGAUCCCCAGCGAUAUACGCCGGGUCGAUUGAACAAACCUGUUCAACUUUCGAAUGCGGGCCAAUGCUGUGGCGACAAAAGCAACAGCAACCGAUAGCAAGUGAUCGCCGAUCGAAGCGUGAACUUGUCUAGUAAUAAACGAGACGCACGUUCAAAUCUACUGCUAAAGAGACCCCCAAGGAAAAAUGCUCGACUUGCAACGGCAUGCCGACUGCCCACUCUGGGACGCCCUUGCCAGCCCGGUGGUGCCCUGGCCAGGGAUGCGAUACGCCUGUGUGAAGGUCCUGCACGCCUACUGCAAAGUGUUCAACAAACAGGAACUCUACGACCUGAUAGUAAGGAAAACGUGCCAGGAGUGCAAGUGCCCUCGCGAGACUCACGCCGUUUAUCACGAACAGCUGACCACGGUACGGGAGCGGCUCGGGUUCAAGUAUGACACCAACACAUCCAGGGUGGAUCCACGUCAGAUGGGCUUCACCUGGGUGCCGCCCGGUAUUUUAACAUCAGCAAAGAUACAACGAUAUUUCGAUGUGAUACCGCCCGAGAAGGUGCCCAAGAUGGGUACGCAAGGUGAACGGUUCCGUGACAAGCAGCUGGUGUACCAGCUGCCGAAGCAAGAUCUUGCACUGGAUUACUGCAAACAUGUGGAAGAACAGAAUCGCAGCUCGUACGAAGAUUUCGUGGCAGCCAGGAACGAGAUUGCACUAGAUAUUGGCUAUGUCAAAGACACGCCGCAGGCAACAAAGUGCGCCGGUUGCAGCGAACUGCUCAACCAGGGCGAGAUGGCUGUGACGGCACCGAAGUUCCGGGAGCAAACGCUCUGGCAUCCACGCUGCUUUAAAUGCACGACCUGUGAUGAACUGCUGGUCGAUCUAACCUACUGCGUACAUGACGACCGGAUCUACUGCGAGCGGCACUACGCGGAAAUGCUGAAACCACGCUGCAGCGCCUGCGAUGAGCUUAUUUUCAGUGGCGAGUACACCAAAGCCAUGUCGAAGGACUGGCACUCGGGACACUUCUGCUGCUGGCAGUGCGACGAAAGCCUGACCGGCCAACGGUACGUCCUUCGGGAUGAGCACCCGUACUGCAUCAAGUGCUACGAGAACGUGUUCGCCAACGUGUGCGAGGAAUGCAACAAGACCAUCGGCAUUGACUCGAAGGAUCUCUCGUACAAGGACAAGCACUGGCACGAGGCGUGCUUCCUGUGCAACAAGUGCCGCAUCUCGCUGGUGGACAAACAGUUCGGCUCGAAGGCGGACAAGAUCUACUGCGGCAACUGCUACGAUGCCCAGUUCGCAUCCCGCUGCGAUGGCUGCGGCGAAAUCUUCCGUGCAGGCACGAAGAAGAUGGAAUACAAAACCAGACAGUGGCACGAGAAGUGCUUCUGCUGCUGCGUGUGCAAGACCGCCAUCGGUACGAAGUCGUUUAUUCCUCGCGAGCAGGAGAUCUACUGCGCUGGUUGCUACGAGGAGAAGUACGCCACUCGGUGCAUCAAGUGCAAGAAGAUCAUCACGAGCGGUGGCGUAACGUACAAGAACGAACCGUGGCAUCGUGAGUGUUUCACGUGCACGCACUGCCAGGUGUCCCUGGCCGGGCAGCGUUUCACGAGCCGUGACGAGAAGCCCUACUGUGCCGAGUGCUUUGGUGAGCUGUUCGCGAAGAGAUGCACCUCCUGUACCAAGCCCAUCACCGGCAUUGGCGGUACGCGUUUCAUCUCGUUCGAGGAUCGCCACUGGCAUAACGAUUGCUUCAUCUGCGCCAUGUGCAAGACGUCGCUGGUUGGGCGCGGUUUCAUCACCGAUGAACAGGAUGUCAUUUGCCCGGAGUGUGCCAAGCAGAAGCUGAUGUAAGGGCCACGACGGUAUCCAGACUCCGCGGCCCAGGUCGCCGAUUACCAUCCCUGACAUAGCGACACUGGAGUUCGUUAGGAUUACGACGCUACAGACCGAGAGGGAACCCGAGCGAUCCAUACAAGUGUCCCUUUCGAGCGAACGGAUCCUUCAUGCAGCAGCAUCAUCAUCAUCAUCGUCAUCCCAUUGCGUCAUCGAUCGCGUUUAAAUUAUUUAUAUCUAUUCCCUCUUAUUGCAAGUUUUACCUCCUAGUUUUCGCGUGCGCCACUUUCUCUCUCACUCGUUUUUUGCCUAUCGUAGGAAAGGAUCGUAGAGCAUCCUGGCUAGUUCGUUGUGGCUGCCGAUUGUUAAAUGUGCCACCAGUGCGGGCCUUGCGUGUGCCUUCUUAUUGUUUCAUUUCGGCCAGUGUUCCUUGUUUGCCCAGGGCGCGAGCUGCUUUCCCGUCCUCAAUGGCUUUGGAGUCUUGUUUUUUUUUUUGUUUAAGCAUGUAAUGAAGCUUGCCGAGCGUAGUAAGAUACCGACGUAGUUAGAACGAAACCCAGAAAUUGCGAGAAUGGCAAGAGAAUGAACAAAAAGAAGACGAGGGAGAGAAGUGUGAGAUGUGCGAGUCACACGUGGAAAACGAAUGAAAUUAGGAGGAUAGAAGGAUGGACAGCAUAGCGUAGCGAACGGCCUAUAUUCACUGAAGAUGCCUUUUUACUAUCGGAUAUAAUAACCUUACACGAAGCAAGGAAGCAGAAACUGGAACACGUGGCGGCCGUUUGUGGAGGUGUUCAAACGAAACGCUCACGUGUAGACACGCGCAAGCCUGCCCGGUUGACGGGGCCAUUAGUCAUUUCGUGGCAAGUGCUACUUUCGACCGAAUGUUACCGCUUUCUGGGACAUAAUUUUAGAGUAUGAACCUGCUCCCCACCACUUCCAGCAUCCCACUCCUCCCACUGUCGGAAACUUCCGCAUUCUCUCACCCGCCAUUCGGUGUUUGUUACUUCCGCGUUGAGUUCCCUUUUGUCGCUUAGCCUAAAUUAGUAGGGACUGAAAAUGGGCAAAGAGUGUAAGAAAAAUUAAACAUAAAAAAACAACGAACAAACGAACGCGAGGCUCCGCGAGGUGCGCUUGCGAGAGAUCCCAGCAGGAUAGUUUUGUAAAUUUGAUAGGACACAACGAAAGGCGGAAGGCGUUGCACGAAUUGUCGCUUGCGUGGAGCGUGGAGAAAAUGAGACCCAUGGAGGACAGCUGAAGGAGCAGCCCAUUCGUGAAAUGGGACAUGCACGCAAGGAAUUGGGCGGCCAUUAUUCGCACGCACCCACGUACACACUCACCCGACAAUGGCCCGGUGUGGAGCCCACAAAACGAUUGGCGAAUGCGGAAUGGAGUUUUUGGUUCAGAACAGCAGCAUAUCGUUUGCGGCAACAUUGGCGUCCUUUUAAAUUAUUUAUUCGUUACACCACAUGAACCACCGGGUUCGUGGAAAAUCCGUGGAAAACAUCAUAUGCACAUACACACGACGGUGCGCAAUCGAAAGAAUCGCAAUAAAAUCGUAAUAAAGAAACCAUUAAACGAAACAACCACAGCACACGUACACGCACCCCAACACACACACACAUACAUACUGCAGAAGUUCGCAACAUAAUAUCCCACAUCCUUACUCUUUAUCUCUCUUGCUCCUUGAACCCCCAUUUCGCCGUGAUGGCGAAACUCGGGAGGGCUUUGAUAACAGUAGAACUUAAAAUCCUUCCCAGCUAUUCGUUUGUUAACCAUUUAAAGGUAGGAGUUUAAUGCUAAGUCUAAUAAAAAAAGAAAAAUAUUUAAAUAUAUAUAUAUGUAUGUAUAUGUACACAAAACACGCAUGGAAAGGAUAUUUAUGCCACUGUGGGGCUGGUCUUUUCGCUGAUGCGUUUAGCACGCUAUUUACUAUCCGAGAUGAUUUAUUACAUUGCAUUACACUGCUUAAGUGCACGAUCAUCUCACAAACGACCAAAACCACACAGAGAAGCGUACUUUUUACUCCUUGUUCAUCGCUUUCUAAACGAUUUCUACUAUUACUACCACUGUUACUACUAUUGCUACUACUUCUGCGAGCAGUCAUUAAGAGAUGGAUGAUAAGGAGGGAAGAAAAAAAAAGGAAAAUAAAACAAAACCUGUGGCCUUUCUGUAUAUUGAGAUGCGAGAUGCAAAAACUGUGCAUCGGAUGCAACUGUAAAUGGCAUGCAUAGUGGCCGUUGCGCUUAGGGUAAACGAACACAAGCCCCCUCAUCCAAUUAUUGUGUAAUGUAAUGAUGUAAAUGAAACGCACGUUCGCUUCAGGAAUGAAGAACGGGGGCCAAAUGUAAUGCCGACAGGAUGCACGCGCACUGAGAGACACCUGCAGUGAACGUGGCGUUUCAGCGCAGUGUUUGCAAUUACUGCAAUACUGUACCAUUGUAGCGCAAAUGAAAUAAAACAAAACCUUGUGUGCAGUUAGCAGAUG